AUGAGCAAUUCAAUCGACUCACCAUGUAGAGUUCGUUCAUUCCGUGGCUGUGGCACAUGCCGCUCCCGCCAUAUCAAAUGCGAUGAGGCCAGGCCCACCUGCUCGACAUGUACGGAAAAUGGUUCUUUCUGCACAGGAUACCUCAAGCAGAUCUUCUUCGACGAUGACAAAGUCGAUGGCCAGGUCCGAUACAGGCAGUUGCUGUUCACCGACGAGGAGCGUGUGAGCCUGAAUGCACUUAUGCUGCAGACCAUCCCAUUCCGUAAUACUUCUAGAGUCCUCGCUUACAUAGAAGACCAGUGCCAGGCCACAUCUACUUCCGAAGGUAUUGAUAUCAUACAGGGACCUUUUGGCGCUUUCAGACUCCCUACGCAUCCCAGCUUGGACGACAGCCUGGUCUUCACUUCAAACUUCCAGCUGGAUUCUUGCACGUUCGACACGCUGGAUUGGAAUGCUGAAUGCCUGCUGCCACCAGGUGAAGUGGUCGGAAACAUGAAUGACGAAUUGACCGUGCCUAGCGAACUCAAUCUUUCAACUCAAACUGAUGACAAUGAGCUUUGGCAAAAGACCUUCGAAAAUGCACCCCUCCUUCUGAAGCAUUACGUCGAGACGGUCAUUCCAAUGCUGACACCCAUGAGACACCACAAGACACCUUGGCACGUUCUGUUCUUACCCUUUACCAAGCAAACACUGGCCACAAUCACCAUCGGGCAAGAUGCCGAUUCUCCCAGCCUGACCACUUUCUUCGGCACACUCGCACUCAGCGCGCUAAGUCUGAUCUCACAGGAUGAGCGUUGGACAGCAUUAGCACAACUCUUUCAAUCUCGUGCACGAGAAUGCCUGCAGGAUACUCUCAACGAUGCGCUCAGCUCGCCCAAACACUUCAAGUACAAACAUAUCAUUAUGGCCAUGUUGACCAUGAUACAGCUGUCCAUGGCUGAUGGUUCAUGGGAUGAAACAGAUACCUUGCUGAUAGAGACUGAGAAGAUUAUACGCCUCAGAGGCCUUUGCAAGUCGUACAAGUCACGAAAAAUAAGACUGCUACAUCAUUGCUAUGCUUAUGCAAGAAUAUUUCAAGAAAGCAUUUCCUUGACCUCGUCACGAUCACCACUACUUCUCAAUCUUGUCGAUGCUGUCGAGAGCAGUGGUGUUGUAGUCAAAGGCGCAGACACGCCUUUCUUUGGUUUGAGUGCUUGGGGUGAUCUUGAACUCAAGUUUCAGGAACUCAAGACACAGGAGGUAGGCGAGAACGAUUUGCACCUCGCUAGCCCAGGCACAUGGAAGGCAACCCUCUACCCAGAAAUCUUUGGAGUGCCUGAAACUUGGCUCACCCUGCUUUCACAAAUCAUUCGACUUGCCAAUGAGAAAAGCAUAGCCGAGAUGGACGCGUCCGUUUUGUCGCUCAAAGACUUCACUUUUCGAGCAAAAGCACUGGAGAGGUAUAUCCUCCAAUGCAACAAAUCCAGGCCCGUACUUCGAGGAAAUCUGCCCGACCUCAUGCAAACAACGCUGUACAGUGCACUGGCGAUAUAUUUCUACCGAAGGAUAUACGAGGUUGAUGCGGAGCUACUUCAAGCAAGAGUCGUACACGUCAAAGAGUAUCUCACUACAUGCCAAUCUCUCUGUAACACAGCAGGCAUGUUCGAUGCUCUCAUGUGGCCAGCUUUCGUGGCAGGCUGUGAGGCUAUUGAUCCGAAUCUACAGGAGUACUUCUCUGCUUGGUUUGAUGUCGACACGAUGCACAACAAGUUGUCGGCUUCCAAAAGGAUGAGGCAAUUGAUGCUCAAGGUUUGGGAGAAUCGUGAGCAUGAUGAUAGAAAUUCAUGCAGCUGGCUACAGUUCCUUCGUAGUUGA